CGCGCCUGCGCGGGCGGCCGCGCGGUCUCGUGACUGCGCCGGGGGGCGGCGCAUGCGCGGUGCGCGGCUGGCGGCGGGGCGGGGGGGCCGGUGCGCGCGCCGGGAGCCGCCGGUUGUUCGCCGCCCUGAGUUCUUCAGAGCCCAGAAAAAAUGUCAGGUUUUCUUGAGAGCUUGAGGUGCUCGGAGUGUGUUGACUGGGGAGAGAAAAGAAACACGAUCGCUUCUGUUGCUGCAGGAGUGCUGUUUUUUACAGGUUGGUGGAUAAUCAUAGAUGCAGCUGUGAAGUACCCUAAAGUGGAAGACUUCAACCAUUCAUACCAUGCUUGUGGGGUUAUAGCCACUAUUGCAUUCCUAAUGAUCAACGCGGUGUCUAAUGGACAGGUACGGGGUGACAGUUAUAGUGAAGGCUGUCUGGGACAAACAGGUGCUCGGAUCUGGCUGUUCAUUGGGUUUAUGAUGGCUUUUGGAUCUCUGAUUGCUUCCAUGUGGAUCCUUUUUGGAGGCUAUGUUGUUAAAGAAAAACCAAUAGUAUACCCAGGAAUAGCUGUGUUUUUCCAGAAUGCGUUCAUCUUUUUUGGAGGACUGGUCUUCAAAUUUGGUCGCACGGAAGAUUUGUGGCAAUGAACACGCCUGUGGAAGUGCAUUGGCCAUCCUGUUUUUUUUAACUGCACGCUCCCAGAAUUUUGUAAAACCAUUUUGUAAACGGUGACCUUCAAUUAUGUCUAAAGCUAAACCAAGGAAACCUAAAUCACAGCACUAGAAAUUCUGGUUCUUCUAUGUUCGGGUUUUUUUUUUUAAACUCUUGUAUGUUGAUUUAAAUGUUGUAAUGUUUUUGACAAAUGUAAAAUUGCUACAGCAAUGGAAGUCACUUUUAUGAUACCAUGUUUGCUACAGGUAAAUAGUAUAGUGGAAAAUGGAUGUAUUUAACCAGCUGUUUCUAUGACAUUAUUUACAAACCUUACAAGACUUACUAAAAAUGCUCUAAAACAACUUUUUAACAUAUAUUUAUUAAAUACUUCCUGUAUCUGGACAAUAUAACCAUUUCUUCAAUUUAAAA